AUGGAUAUCCAACAAUCACCUAGAACGUCUUUACGUUCUGGUGCAACUCAACCCGAGAGUGAUGGAGACAAUGACCAAUAUUAUAGCGGGGAGGAGGAUAGCAUUGAUGCAAAUGGAGACGGUCCUCGCAAAAGGCAGCGUCGACCGAUGUCAGUUUCGUGUGAGCUAUGUAAGCAAAGAAAGGUCAAAUGUGAUCGCGGUCAACCAUCAUGUGGAUGGUGUAGUCGCAAUGGUGCUGUAUGUGAAUACAAAGAGCGCAAGAAACCCGGUUUAAGAGCUGGCUACGGUCGAGAACUGGAACAAAGAUUGGAUCGACUCGAGGAAAUUCUACGCUCGCAUGCUCAAAUUUUAGAAUCAUCCUUUAAUCAAAACAGCAAUAGUGUUGCCAAUAGCGUUCCGAGCGAUCACGGUACACCACAAAGUAUUCACAGCUUCAGACACAAUGAGGGGCUCUCUAAUCAUCGUGGAGGCCAUGUUGCCAGAGCAGAGACAGCCCUAUUUCUUCAAAAGCCUUCUACAUUUGGACAACAAAAUACACCCAUGGAUUUUGGUAAUCCAAUGCCUCCAACUCCCUCGAUGCCAUCUAUUCACGGCGAUAUCUUCCAUCAGCACACCCCUGUAUCACAAGGAUCGCACCUUUCCAUGGAUAUGCAACAAAAUCACUCAAUCCCAACUAGUCAAGCACCAGAUUUUUAUAGUACGAAUCAACCACCUCUACGAUCACCUAGCUUAAACAUAAACCAAAACCCAAAUGAAGUCUCUUCCGAUCAUGCUUUACCGCCGUAUGAUUUACUAUAUGCAUUGGUUGAUCUCUACUUUAAGUAUGUCAAUACUUGGUGUCCAAUAUUACAUCGAAGAUCUACGUUGGAUUCAUUGUUCGGCCCAUCUGCUUUAGAUGAAGCAGAUAAAAUACUUUUACAUGCCAUCGUAGCCACUACCUUGAGGUUUUCCACGGAUCAACGACUUACAGAAGAAAGAAGACGACACUAUCAUGACAUAUCUAAACAGAAGGUAUUGCUGUAUGGAUUAGAAAAUUCCUCGGUUAAAGCUCUACAGGCUCUGGUUAUUCUGGCUUUGGAUCUUGUAGGUAGUAGCAAUGGACCACCAGGAUGGAAUCUAUUGGCUCUAAUUACACGUUCGGUAGUUCAAUUGGGACUUGCUGUAGAGACUACUUCCUUCUCUGUCUCGCCAAACUAUCCUUCGAUUUAUACACUUCGAGCAAUGGUCUUACCAGAACCGGAGAAUUGGAUUGAAGAGGAAUCACGGAGACGCCUUUUCUGGAUGGUAUACCUCUUGGAUCGAUAUGCCACAAUUGCCACAGCUUUUGAAUUUGCCCUGGACGAAAAAGAAGUUGACAGAACUCUACCUUGUCGAGAUGAUCUUUGGAAUAAAAACCAGCAUGUGGAGACUAGAUGGUUCCGCACGAGCGAAAGGACAGAGUACGACAUUGACAAACCAGAGAAUCUUGGUGCAUUCUCGUAUUAUAUCGAAAUCCUUGGGAUUCUCUCAAGAAUUCAUAAAUUCUUGAAGAAGCCAGUAGAUAUCAGUGCUUUGUCCGACGUUGAACAAUGGCAAGGCGAAUAUCGAGAACUGGAUAAUAUGCUCACUUCAUGGAAAUUUAAUCUGCCUGGGGAUUAUGGAAACAUGGCGAAGCUUUUUCAACCAGGAAGCAAUAAAUCCAUCAAUUGUGGCUGGGUUAUGCUACACGCGACAUAUCACACAGCAGUAAUACGCCUUCAUUCAUCGGCUGCUUAUCCUACAACUCGAUCACCUAUUUUUACCCCAUCGUAUAGUGCGAGUCAACGGUGUCAUGGCGCUGUUGAGAAUAUUGCAGCUUUAGGAGAAUACGUGGUCCAAAAUGGCAUGCUCCCAAAAUUAGGCCCACCAUUUGCUUUCACCCUCUGGGUAGCUGCCCGCUUACUCCUCGUCCAUGGUUCAACCAUCGAACACAAACUCAGUCCUCAGAUCCAAUUUUUCGUUGACACACUGCGAGACAUGGGCACCUACUGGCUCGUAGCUGAACGCUACACAACUAUUCUUCAACGGGUACUUGACGAACAUCGCGAAAGCGAAAAUGCUGCUGGUACACACGGCGAACGUGUAACUCCUUCUUCAGUUAAAAUACUUGCGGAUAUGAGGAGAUGUGCAUAUGAUUUAGAUUUUCUAAUCUCGAGACAACCGAAGCAUGUUGGACUUUCACGAAUGCCAAGUAUUACUCCGGCCAGAACUCCAGCACCGAAUGAGUUGGAGUACUUGGAUGUUUUUGAUUUCUUCAAUGUACCCAGAUUACCGGUUGCUUCAGGUGAAAAUCAGGCGAAUGGUAAUGGUGGAAAUGGGAAUGGGAAUGGGAACGGAGUGGGUGAUCUACAGAUGCCGGAGAUGGGAAACGGAUCGAAUGAAUUCAAUAUCACGAAUUUUAUGGUGGAUCAAAAUUCGGAUUGGUUUAAAACUCUGAAACAUGGCAUUGAUGGGGGUCAGAAUAAUAAUUAA